AUGGCCUGUGUGAGAGCUUGCGAUAAUCAUCGUUGUCAUGGUAAUGCUAAUUGUCUUGCUCUUGAAGUACCUGGUACCUGUUCUAACUACCUCUGUAUGUGUCCUCCAUGUUACUACGGUCAAUACUGUGAAACAGAACUGGUUGAUAUCUGUAUGCACAGCAAAUGUGUAAAUGGAGGAACCUGUGUUGCUGAUGCUGAUAACUGUAUUCUUUAUACUUGUGAUUGUCCUCCUUGUUUCACUGGUAGUCUCUGUCAAGUUGCUGUUGCUGAUUGUACAUCAAGCUCCAAUACAAACUGGCAACCUAACACUGUGGCUUUCAUUAUUCUCAACUGCGUUUUGACAACUUUGUUUACAAAUUACCAAUAUAUGUCAUGAACACUCUAUACUAUAUAUAUAUAUGUGUGUGUGUGUGUGUGUGUGUAUAAAUAAUAUUGUAGAUCAAAUAUAAACUACAGUAGGUUCCUAAUAUUUUGCUGACCUUCCUGUUGUUUUACUUGAUGGGUUAUUACUAAAUGGAAGAUGGAUGUAUGAUAUAUUAACAAUAUUGAACUAUUUAAAUUAGUAGAACUAG